AGUGCGUCGUCUACUGUUCCGCAGUCGUAUUUCUGACUAGUGUUGGGAAACUGUGUAUCUUUCUAAUCUUUAACUUUUUCAACUGACUCUGUGGUGAUAGAAAAUUUUUUUCUUUCACGUUUAUAAUAACAAAGUAAAAAGUAACUAAAUAAUCUUUCUCUCUUAGCAUUUCUAAUACAUUAAAAGAAGAACACGUUUUUCUCAGAUACCAAAACCGCAGUUAAUAAGAUGAGCACGCCGGUGAAGAAGGUGCCCAUCCACCUGCAGAGCGCGCAGAAUCGGUUAUUGAUCAAGAAUGGUAAAGUUGUCAACGAGGAUGGCAUCAUCGAUAGUGACGUUUACAUCGAGGAUGGCAUUAUCAGGCAAAUGGGUCGCAAUCUUAUUAUACCGGGUGGUACAAGAACUAUCGAUGCUCGGGGAAAAUUCGUGAUGCCAGGUGGCAUAGAUCCGCAUACACAUUUUGAAUUGGAAUUAAUGGGUGCCAAAACGGUAGAUGAUUUUUAUCAAGGCACCAAAGCGGCUGUCGCCGGUGGUACGACGAUGAUUAUCGAUUUUGCCUUUCCUCAAAAGGACGAAACUAUUCUUGAAGCUUACGAAAGAUACAGACAGACUGCGGAUGAGAAGGUUUGCUGUGAUUAUGCUCUUCACGUUGCUGUUACAUCCUGGAGUCCAAAAGUCAAAGAAGAAAUGACUUUGCUGACAAGAGAACACGGUGUUAACAGUUUUAAAAUGUUCAUGACUUAUUCUUUCAUGUUGAGAGAUGUUGAUUUAAUUGAAACGUUCAAAGCUUGUAAAGAAUUAGGAGCAUUGGCUAUGGUUCAUGCUGAAAAUGGCGACAUUAUUGCCGAGAACACUAAGAAAUUAUUAGCUGCUGGAGUAACUGGACCAGAAGGUCACGAAAUGUCACGACCUGAAGAAGUAGAAGCGGAAGCGGUGACCAGAGCUUGCACGAUAGCAAGCCAGGUGAAUUGUCCGCUGUACGUAGUGCAUGUGAUGAGUCGUAGCGGCGCAGAAGCCGUGGAAGCUGCACGCAAACGCGGUGUUUGCGUCUUUGGUGAGACCUUGGCAGCUGCUGUCGGUACCGAUGGUACCAACUACACGCAUAAAUGUUGGAGGCAUGCAGCCGGACACGUCUUAAGUCCACCACUUAGGCCAGACCCGAAUACACCUUUUGUACUUUUAAAUUAUUUGACAAGGGGCGGUCUUCAAUUGACUGGCAGCGAUAAUUGUACUUUCAAUGCCGAACAAAAAGCAUUGGGUAAAGAUGAUUUUUCGAAAAUACCUAAUGGAGUUAAUGGGGUCGAAGAUAGAAUGUCUGUACUAUGGGAAAAAGGAGUACAUGCAGGAAUUAUGGAUCCAAUGAGAUUCGUUGCAGUUACCAGUACAAACGCAGCUAAAAUAUUUAAUAUUUAUCCUAGAAAAGGAGUAAUUGCUGUAGGUUCCGACGCUGAUAUCGUUGUUUGGGAUCCUAACAGGAAACGUACGAUUUCUGCCGAGACUCAUGUCCAAGCUGUUGAUUUUAAUAUUUUUGAGGGUAUGGAAGUUCAUGGUGUACCUGAAUACGUUAUUGUAAACGGCCGUGUAUGCGUAGACGAAUGCGAAUUAAAGGCUGUUCAUGGUUUUGGAAAGUACGUAGAAACGCCGACGUUCUGUAAUUAUGUAUAUGACAUGAUAGAAGAACGUGAGAAGAGACCUAGAGGUGUACCACGGACGGAAGCAGAAGCUAAGAAGUAUGCUGAUGAGGAUGCCGCUAUUGCUAAGGCUAGGGAAGCAGCAAAAGCAGCAGCUGCUGCAGCCGCCUUGCAUAAUAAUCAAACGAACGGUACUUAUGAAAGUCCGAAACCGAAAUUAUCGUCGAUUGAUUGCAUACCCACUUUACCUGACUCUGCAAUUAUGACACCAUCGUCGAAAGGUCCCCGACUGGAAGGACAAAGAAAUUUACAAGAUUCUACAUUCUCUAUCAGCGAGGACGUCGAAGAGGCACGAAGAGCUUGCAUUCGUGUUAACAAUCCACCCGGUGGACGUAGUGCGGGAGGUUUUUGGUCUGUUCCAUCUAAGGAGGAUUUGGAGGCCCCUAUCCAGUAGGUUGUAUACUACUUGUAUUCAUUCAUUCGCACACGUAUAUAUAUAUCUACCUUUCUAUCUAUCUAUCUAUCUAUCUCUAUCUAUCUAUCUCUAUCUAUCUACCUUUCCAUUUCUCGCUUCAUUAUCUCGCUUUUCUAAUCGCUUCAUUGUCAAGCUCCAUUGUCAUUCCAUUAUCGCUCCGUCGUCUUUUCAUCGUCGCUUCUCACAUUUUGGCCUUGGAUUUUCUUUCUAUUAUUUUCUUAUCAUUUCUUUCUUUUCCCAUUAUGUUUCAAACAUUGGAAUAUGAUCAAUAAUUCGUGUGAGCAGAAUGACUUAUACUUUAAAUCAUUCUAAUAGAUAGAUACCGUGAUGCAAUUGACGUAAAAGAUAUGCGAUAAUUUAGUCAAACUUUUUCGGUUUCCAAGGUCAACUUUGAAGCUCUACUUAUAUUCUUAUUAUUUAUUAAAUAGAUUACAGGAAACAUUUUUUUAAUGGUUCUUAUUGUUCUCUCUCUUUUUCUCUUACUUAUUGCUAUAAUACAUAAUUUUAUAUCUAACGUUUAGAUGUAAUAUUAUGCGCCGCUGCUUAGUCAAUUUCGUUUAGAGUCAUUAUUGCGUUUUCCUCAGGAUAGAAAACAAGAUAUGGAACGAUCGAACGUAAUUAUAUUUCUAACAUAUUAUUUUUAGUUAUAUUACUGACAAGAUACUUUAUGUCAUCUAUGACAUAUCGAGUAAACUUCCGCUUUUACCCAUGACAACUGCAUAUAUAUUUCGUGUACUUUAAAACAAACAAAAAAGAUUUCUUUUUGCGUAGAUUUUUCAUCUUCAAACAAACAAAAAAAUGAAAUGUUUUUCCAUGAACGUUAAACUUUUCACUCCCUUAAAAAUGUGACAAAAGAAGGUGACGUUGUUUAGCAUAUUACGACCUCAUACAACCCUCGUACACUUAAGUUUACAGAAAUUUACAAAAGAGACAUUUUCCUUUGUUGCGAUAUCAAACGUAUAUACACUUGCAUUAUAAUUUGUAUGUGUGUAUGUAUGUAUAUGUAUGCAAAAAUCAAUAACGUUGGAGUUGUAAAUGUCUCACAUACAACAUUCACAAGUGUUUAAUGAUUGAUUGGUUUUUAUGAAGAGAAUUUAAUAAUAUGAUUGUUUGUUUUAUAUUCGAAAUUUAUGUUAUAGUUGUAAUGUUAUGUCUUAUAAUAAUAUUUGAGCAUAAGUACAAUUUAUUGCAGCCUUAAUAAAAUAUUAUGUAAAUAUUAAAAAA